AUGGAUUUUGUUGCUGGAGCCAUCGGAGGUGUCUGCGGCGUUGCUGUGGGCUACCCCCUGGACACGGUGAAGGUCAGGAUCCAGACGGAGCCCAAGUACACGGGCAUCUGGGACUGCGUCCAGGACACGUAUCACCGGGAGCAGCUGCGGGGCUUCUACAGGGGCCUCUCGCUGCCCGUGUGCACUGUGUCCCUGGUCUCGUCCGUGUCCUUUGGCACCUACCACCACUGCCUCGCGCACAUCUGCCGGGUCCGCUACGGCAGUGCCGACGCCAAGCCUGCCAAGACCGACAUCACGCUCUCGGGGUUUGCCUCCGGCUUCAUCCGCGUGUUCCUGACCUCGCCCACUGAGGUGGCCAAGGUCCGCCUGCAGACGCAGACGCAGGUGCAGCAGCGGCGGCGUCCUUCAGCCUUGGGGCCCCUGGCCACGCCCCCCACAUGCCCCGUGACCCCCGCGGGUCUGCAUCCUGGGCCCAAGUACCGCGGGCCGCUGCACUGCCUGGCCACAGUGGCCCGGGAGGAGGGGCUGCGUGGCCUCUACAAGGGCAGCUCGGCCCUGCUCUUCCGGGAUGGGCACUCCUUCGCCACCUACUUCCUCUCGUAUGCCAUCCUCUGUGAGUGGCUGACUCCCGCCGGCCACAGCCGGCCAGAUGUCUCGGGCGUGCUGGUGGCCGGUGGCUGUGCAGGGGUGCUGGCCUGGGCCGUGGCCACCCCCAUGGACGUGAUCAAGGCGCGCCUGCAGGCAGACGGCCGGGGCCGCCGUCGCUACCGGGGCCUCCUGCACUGCAUGCUGACAAGUGUGCGGGAGGAGGGGCCGCGCGUGCUCUUCAAGGGGCUGCUGCUCAACUGCUGCCGUGCCUUCCCCGUCAACAUGGUGGUGUUUGUGGCCUACGAGGCUGUGCUGAGGCUCACGCAGGGCCUGCUCACAUAG